AUGAUGCCUUUAAGACCAUCUAAAAGCGCCCUGCGCGCCUUCCACCUCCAGAGGCACAUUGCUGGACGUCGGCCUUUUUCAUCCUCGUUUGUGGCUUCGGCCGCUUCGCCCCACCGCUCUUCUGUCCAGAAGCGUGGUCAGAGUACCGCUGCUGCGUCCCCCGGAGCCUCGGAGUCCAGGCCCGUCCCGAGUCCGGCUUUCAACCAAGAACCUCAUCGCAAUGAAAUUUCUCCCUUGCAACACAGACAGCUCCCCGAGCUUGAUGACUCAAUGGUCGGAAUGAGUGGUGGAGAGAUCUUCCACGAGAUGAUGCUUCGCCAGGGCGUGAAGCACGUCUUCGGUUACCCCGGUGGUGCCAUUCUCCCUGUUUUCGAUGCUAUCUACAACUCCAAGCACUUCGAAUUCCUCCUCCCCAAGCACGAGCAGGGUGCCGGCCACAUGGCCGAGGGUUACGCCCGUGCCUCAGGUAAGCCCGGUGUUGUUCUCGUCACCUCCGGCCCCGGUGCUACCAAUGUCAUCACCCCCAUGCAAGAUGCCAUGUCCGAUGGUACCCCGAUGGUUGUCUUCUGUGGUCAGGUCCCCACUAGCGCCAUUGGAACCGAUUCCUUCCAGGAGGCCGAUGUCAUCGGUAUCUCUCGCGCCUGCACCAAGUGGAACGUGAUGGUCAAGUCCGUUGGUGAGCUGCCUCGCCGCAUCCAAGAGGCCUUCGAGAUCGCCACUAGCGGUCGUCCCGGUCCCGUCCUGGUUGAUCUGCCCAAGGAUGUCACCGCUGGCAUUCUCCGCAACCCCAUUCCCAUGCACAGCACUAUUCCCUCGCUUCCCAGCGCUGCCGCCAUGGCUGCCCGCGAAAUGAGCCAGAAGCAGCUCGAGGGAACCAUCAACCGUGUUGCUAACCUUGUCAACAUCGCCAAGAAGCCUAUUCUCUACGUUGGACAGGGUCUCCUCGCUCGCCCUGAUGGUCCCAAGAUCCUGAAGGAGUUCGCUGACAAGGCCUGCAUCCCUGUCACUACCACCCUCCAGGGUCUUGGUGGCUUUGAUGAGCUGGACCCCAAGGCCCUUCACAUGCUGGGCAUGCACGGAUCCGCAUAUGCCAACAUGGCUAUGCAGGAGUCCGAUCUUAUCAUUGCUGUUGGUGCUCGUUUCGAUGACCGUGUCACUCUCAGCAUUCCCAAGUUUGCCCCUCAGGCCAAGCUUGCUGCCGCUGAGGGCCGUGGUGGUAUUGUCCACUUCGAGAUCAUGCCCAAGAACAUCAACAAGGUUGUCCAGGCCAACGAGGCCGUUGAGGGUGACUGCGCCGACAACCUCCGCCUUCUUCUGCCCCACGUCAAGGCCGUCAGCGAGCGUCCUGAGUGGUUCGAGCAGAUCAACGACUGGAAGCAGCGUUUCCCCCUUUCCCUCUACGACCGCCAGGUCGAGGAGGGGCCCAUCAAGCCCCAGGCCGUCAUUGAGAAGCUGAGCGAUCUCACUGCUCACAUGAAGGACAAGACCAUCAUCACCACCGGUGUUGGUCAGCACCAGAUGUGGGCUGCUCAGCACUUCCGCUGGCGCCACCCCCGUACCAUGAUCACCUCUGGUGGUCUGGGUACAAUGGGUUACGGUCUCCCCUCCGCCCUUGGAGCUAAGGUCGCCCGCCCCGACUGCCUGGUCGUUGAUAUCGACGGUGAUGCUUCUUUCAACAUGACCCUCACUGAGCUUUCCACCGCCGCUCAGUUCAACAUUGGUGUCAAGGUCCUUCUGCUCAACAACGAGGAGCAGGGCAUGGUCACCCAAUGGCAAAACCUGUUCUACGAGGAUCGCUACUCUCACACCCACCAGCAGAACCCCGAUUUCGUUCCCCUCGCCAAGGCCAUGCGCGUGGCUGCUGACCGCUGCUUCAAGCCCUCCGAGGUUGAGGAGAAGCUGAAGUGGCUGAUCGAGCAGGAUGGCCCUGCCCUCCUUGAGGUCAUCACUGACCGCAAGGUCCCCGUCCUCCCCAUGGUUCCCUCCGGCCGUGGUCUGCACGAGUUCCUGGUCUACGAUGAGGCCAAGGAACAGGAGCGCAAGCAGCUGAUGCGCGACCGCAACGUGGACUUCCACGUCCGCAAAGAAUAA